AUGCUCAUGAUGCUGCGCUUGCGCCGGUGCCCGUCGGUGCUGGUGUGGAAUCUGUCGCAGCUGAUGCUCACGAUGCUGGCCUUGUCGGGAUGCCUGCCGGUGUCUGCGGAAAUUGUUGUGAAGCUCAUGAUUGUGGUCUUGCCGGGGCAACCUCAUGCGGCUGGUGGGGUUACGGCAAGCCAGCUCUUACAGCUGCUCGUCAUCAAGAAGUCCUUGCUGGUGCUCGUGCAAUGCCGUCCUGUCGAUACCAUCCUCGUGUCUAGAAACUUUGUCGGCUGA